CGGUCGGUGAUUGCUCCCUGUGUAUCCAUGCGCCCAAGAAUAGUGGUGACUUGUGAGGAGUUCUCCACCCGGGGAGGGCAGCCUUAAGGACUUGACCGAUGCCUAGCCAAGACAGCCCGAGCCCAGGACACCAGUGUCGGUGUAAGAGAUGAUGGCCAGGGCAGGGUUGCUGCUGCUCGGCAGCCUGUGCGCGGCUUUCCAAGUUGCGCUUCCAAAUCCAAGACUUUUAUUUGCGAACAGAAGAGACGUUCGAAUUAUAGACGCUGGGCCGGGGAGAGGACAUAACAGUACUGUUGUGGUCAGUAAUCUGGAGGAUGCGGCCGCGUUAGACUUCAUCUACGAUCAAAAUGUAAUAUACUGGACCGACGUCAGUCUGGAGAUGAUCAAAAUGAUUUACACGAACGGUUCCGGGAUCGUGACGGACGUGAUUUCCACGGGGUUGGUAUCCCCGGACGGAUUGGCGUGCGAUUGGAUAGGUAGAAAACUGUACUGGACAGACUCGGAGACCAAUAGGAUCGAAGUGAGUAACCUUGAUGGGACGUCACGGAAAGUUCUAUUCUGGGAGGAGUUGGACCAGCCCAGGGCGAUAGCACUGGAUCCAGCGAGAGGGUUUAUGUUUUGGACAGACUGGGGGGAGGUGCCGAAGAUCGAGCGGGCGGGGAUGGACGGGACAGGGAGGAGGGUCGUUGUCGACGACAACAUCUAUUGGCCGAACGGCCUGACGUUAGACUACGCCGAGCUGCGGCUGUACUGGGCGGACGCGAAGCUCCAGCUGAUCCACUACGCCAACUUCGACGGGUCGGAGCGACGCGCGGUCGUGGAAGGCUCUCUACCUCACCCCUUCGCGCUGACGCUGUACGGGGACACGAUAUACUGGACGGACUGGCAGACCAACUCGAUCCACUCCUGCCACAAGAUCUCCGGGGAAGACAAGCAGGUCAUUCACAGCGAGAUCUUCUCUCCCAUGGACAUCCACGCCUACAUGCCGGCCAGACAACUCAUGAGACACACCAACCCCUGCCAGCCCAACAACGGAGGCUGUUCCCACCUCUGUCUGAUGUCACCUGAUGCCCCCAACUACAGAUGUGCCUGCCCCACCGGAGUCAAGCUACUGGACGAUGAAAGAACAUGUGCCGACGGAGCAAGCGAAAUCCUUCUGCUGGCGAGAAGAACAGACUUGCGGAGGAUAUCGCUGGACACGCCGGACUACACAGACGUGGUACUACAGAUCGAUGACAUCAGACACGCCAUCGCUAUCGACUACGACGUGGUGGAAGGGUUCGUGUACUGGACAGACGACGAGGCUAGAGCUAUCAGACGAGCAAGAUUAGACGGCUCAGGUGUUGAAUACUUGAUUACAACAGAGGUAGAACACCCUGACGGGAUCGCAGUAGACUGGGUAGCAAGGAACUUGUACUGGACAGACACGGGCACUGACAGAAUAGAGGUCACCAGACUAAACGGAACAUCGCGGAAAAUCCUGAUAGCCGAAAACCUCGACGAGCCCAGAGCCAUUGUGCUGGACCCAUCAGAAGGAUACAUGUACUGGACAGACUGGGGCCAGCAUCCCAAAAUCGAGCGAGCCGAGCUGGACGGCAGCCAUCGAGUCGUUCUGUUCAACACGUCGCUGGUCUGGCCCAACGGUCUGGCCAUCGACUACCAGUCCAGGAGAAUAUACUGGGGCGACGCCAAAACCGACAAGAUCGAAUACGCCAACCUGAAUGGGACGGGUCGAACUAUCCUUGUGGAUGAGAAGCUUCCACACAUCUUUGGUUUCAGUUUGCUGGGAAAUUACAUCUACUGGACGGACUGGCAGAGACGGAGCAUCGAGCGCGUGCACAAGACAACAGGGGAGGACCGGCAGAUCAUCGUGGACCAGCUGCCUGAUCUGAUGGGUCUGAAGGCUGUCAAUGUGCAGAGGACAGACGGCUGGAACCCGUGUGUGGAUAACAACGGAGGCUGCUCGCACCUCUGCUUGUACCGACCGUCGGGCGUCUCCUGCGGCUGUCCGAUGGGCCUGGAGCUCAUCACGGACAUGCGGACGUGCAUCGUGCCCGAGGCCUUCCUCCUGUUCUCGCGCCGCGCGGACAUCAGGAGAAUAUCGCUGGAGACGAAUAACAACGACGUGGUGAUACCUCUGCCGGGCGUGAAGGAGGCCAGCGCUCUCGACUUUGACAUCAAUGACAACAGAAUAUACUGGACUGAUGUCAGUUUGAAGUCCAUCAGUCGAGCCUUCAUGAACGGCAGCAGCGCCGAGAAGAUCAUCCAGUUCGGCCUGGAUUACCCAGAAGGCAUGGCGGUGGACUGGGUGGCGCACAACCUGUACUGGGCGGACACGGGGACCAACCGGAUCGAGGUGGCGCGACUGGACGGAUCGUCCAGAAAAGUCCUGGUCUGGCAGGACUUGGACAAUCCCCGCUCCCUGGCGUUGGAUCCAGCGUUUGGGUUCAUGUACUGGUCGGAGUGGGGAGGUGACCCAAAGAUCGAGCGGGCCUCCAUGGACGGUACUAACCGGUUCAUCCUGGUGGACAGUUUGGGCCGCGCUAACGGGCUGACCAUCGACUACCCGGAGAGACGGCUGUACUGGGCAGACCUGGACACCAACCUUAUAGAGUCUUCUAACAUGCUAGGCAAUGAUCGUAAGCGGGUGAUCUCAGACAACUUGCCCCACCCUUUCGGCCUGACACAGUACCAGGACUAUGUGUACUGGACAGAUUGGAACACACGUAGCAUCGAACGGGCCAACAAGACAACAGGCGAGAACCGAACCCGUAUCCAGGGCUCCCUGGACUAUGUGAUGGACAUCAUGGAUAUCUUAGUGUUCCACUCAUCCAGACAGUCAGGCUGGAACCAGUGUGCAGUAAACAACGGCGGGUGUUCCCACCUGUGCCUGGCCACCGCCAUGCCGUCCUCCACGUCUGCAGAGUCCGCCAUGGACCUGCCUGUCAUGUGUGGCUGUCCCUCGCACUGGAAACUGGACCCGGACAACAGGACAUGUCAUCCCCCUGCGUCAUUUCUGCUGUUCAGCCAGCGUAACCUGAUCAGUCGCAUGGUGUUCGACGAGCAGCAGAGUCCAGACAUCGUGCUGCCCAUCCACCAGCUGCGCAACGUCAAGGUCAUCGACUACGACCGCAUGGGGGAACACAUCUACUGGAUCGACGGGCGCAUCAAGCAGCUCAAGAGGGCUAAGGCCAAUGGCUCGGAGGUGACCAGUGUGGUUGCGAACCUGGACAGUCUGUUCUACCCGAUCGACAUGGCCAUCGACGAGUUCUCUCGCCACAUCUACUGGACCUGCUCGCAGACCAACACCAUCAACGUCACGCGCAUCAGCGACCUGUCGCCCGUCGGAGUCGUGGUCUCCGGGGACAAGGAACGGCCGCGCUCCAUUGUUCUGGACCCAAAGAGGGGGUACAUGUACUGGACCAACAUGGUCAGCAAUCCAUCCAUCGAGAAGGCUGCCCUGGACGGGACAGAGCGCCAGACGCUCUUCAGCAGCGACAUCAAGCAGCCAGGACCGCUCGCUAUCGACACGAAGUACGGCAAGCUGUACUGGACAGACAUCGAACUGAACAGGAUAGAGAGCUCCGGGCUGGAUGGUGCGAAUCGGCAGGUGCUGGUGGAACAGAUGAUUAUCCAGCUGUCUGGACUGACCAUCUUCGGCGACCACCUGUACUGGAUCGACCGCGCCAAGCAGAUUGUUGAGUCGGUCGACAAGCUGACAGGCAGUGGGAGAACUAGGAUCCAGGCCAGGCUGGUCCAUCUCAGCGACAUGGUGGGGGUGGACAGCAAGGACAUCACGGAAAUGAACCACCAUCCCUGUGCCAUUGACAACGGCGGCUGUUCCCACAUCUGCAUCGCGAUGAAGGACGGCCGGUCUCGCUGCUCCUGCCCGCUCCACCUGGUGCUGUUUCCCAACGAGCUGCAGUGUGGAGAGCCCCCAACCUGUGCCCCCGACCACUUCACUUGUGAGACAGGAGAAGUGGACUGUAUCCCCUUGCUGUGGAAAUGUGACGGAGUGGCCGAGUGUUCCGAUGGUAGUGACGAGGCAGACUGUCCCAAGUGCACAGAGGACCAGUUCACGUGUGACAGUGGGCAGUGUGUGGAUGGGCAGAAGGUGUGUGAUGGGAAGGAGGACUGUAUGGACCGGUCGGACGAGAUGCAGUGCCACAGUACCUGUGCACCAGACCAGUUCCUGUGCAGGAAUGGGCUGUGUAUUGAGCAGGAGAAGAGAUGUAACAAUGAAAAGGACUGUGUGGACAACUCUGAUGAGGACGACUGUGAUCCAAAAGGCGAUCUGCGUACCUACGGGAACGAGGACAGCAACUCUCUGACCAUCGCCGUGGUGAUCAGCGCCAUCAUGGCUGUCCUCAUCAUCUUCAUGAUGGUCUUCGUGUGGAGGAAACUCAAGCGGCAACAGGAGGACGGAUUCACCAACGACAUCGUCAUGGUAACCAACGGCAACGUGCCAACGAUGGUGGCUCUCCCGCCGAGCGCGGGAACAAACUCGCUUCCAAGAUCUGUAUCAGGCCUGUCCACGUCACGGGGAAAAUCAGCUACCACUUGUUUAUCAUCAAGUUCUGUACCUGGAUCCGGCUGCGGGCCUCCGCUGUACGACCGUACGCACGUGACGGGAGCCUCCUCCAGCAGUACAGGUUCCCUGGGCACGCACUACCCCCACGAGACCCUCAACCCCCCGCCCAGUCCCGCCACCGACCGUUCUCAGUACACUGCGGACCUCUUCUACUCCUCGCGCAGCUCGCAGAGCCCGUCGACUGUCAGAUCGUACAAACAUUACAAGUUCAGAAACGUUCCUCCGCCGCCCACGCCAUGCACGACAGACGGUUGUGAGGACAGCGAACCGUACCCGUUGCGGGGGUUGAGACCGAAGUACUACGACAUGAACUAUGACUCGGACCCUUACCCUCCUCCUCCGACGCCCAGGAGUCACUAUAUGUCCGACAACAACUGCGACAGCUGUCCACCGUCGCCUUCCACGGCGAGAAGUUACUUCCAUCCGUACGUCCCUCCCCCCUCACCCGCGACGGACUCUCCCUAGUGUACAUUAUUAAUGGUCAGUCCCUUCACAGACAAUGUACAUUCUCGCAGAGCUUUCCACAGACACGCCGGAAUUUUAAACGGGUUUUAUUGCGAGCAGCAAAAAAAGUGCCUUCGGAGGGUCGUGUCGGAACAAGAACGUGGAAGGGUCGACUGGAAACGAGAGAAAUUCUACCUUUGUAAAGUUGUAACUACCUGUAUCUACUAAAGUGCCAGCCUUCUUCUUGGGAAAGAAAAAAAAUGUCCAUCCAACAGGAAAACGGCAGGCAUGUUGAUGAAAAAUUGUAGCAAGCACCUGUAAUUAUACUUGUAUAUAACAAAUGCUUGUAUUUCAAGAAGGGAAACCAGUUUCCAUGGAGUUAUAGGGGGGGUCGUAGAAAAGCCUGCUGUUUUCGUGCGGGAUGGCACAUUUUUAGUACUCCUCGGAUGUUUUCCACAGUGAUGUCAAGGGUGACUCGCUCCACGGAGCUAAGGAAGAUCAGAUCUUGCUAACAUUGACCUGCAGCUAUAUUAUAAACAUAGACAGUUGCUUAGAGCGUUGUGUAGUGAGCAGAUAUGGCUACAGUGUAGCCCUGUUAGGGGUAGCGGUUCAUUCGUGUGUACAAUAGUAUCCUCGAGAAGCAAUACGAGAAAGUUUAGGACUUCGGAACCAAAAUGUAACACUGCCAAGAGAAUGAAAUUUUUAACCUUCCAGUCCCAGAGCUGUAUGUACACGCCUCUCGCCCUUGUGUCACUGUGGUAUCUUGUAAUUUAUACAUAAUAGUAUAGGAACUAUUGUAAUAUAUAUAAAAGAUAUAUUUGAUAUUUUUGAGCUGUUGACACUGUUACCUCCAUGUUUGUAGCACAGCCAAUACAGUCCACACAUUUUGUAAGAUAGUUUUUUUGUGGUCUCAAUCAAUACGUGCCUCCCUCUAUCAGACCUUCCUGUUCAGCAGUACAAAACGUCCUGCCCACCCUCUUCACCAAGUGUUGUGGUCCAGACACUCACACAGUUCAACCAGGAACAAGACUGUACCAAUUGUUGAUGUGGGUUGAAAUUCUACGGCACCCAAUUGGAAAGUGGUAGCAAUGAAAUGUUUGAAGAAUUCAGGACAGCGGACCACAGCACUGCAUAUAUAGGGGUGGCCAGGUUGUUUCCUACACCAGAGUGGGGAGAGUUGUUCAGAACUCCAUGUGUACCGUGCUUUGUCUUACUCAGGAACAAUGUGUGCUCUACGGCAGGUACAUGAGGAAUAUUUUUGUAAAACGACAAAUCGACGAAGCCUAGAUUGUUCGUAGCUCAUGGUAGCCAUUUUUUAAAAGGAUGGUUGGUGUAGAGGAAAAACCAUUUAUUAUAUAGUGCGUUGUUCCUGACGACUGUGCUGUUUAUACUGCCUUCAUGUAACGUUUUUAAUGGCUUCUGAUACAUACAAGAAUGCAUCCAUAACAAUCUUCUCAUUAAUAAUGUAAUGCCAUUGAAGACUUUACCUACACAUGUAUGUCUAAUAGUAAUACAAGUGUUGUUGUUUUUUUAAAUUAGCAUUUUGUCCAAAUUUUUUAUUAGUAAAUUCUGGCUGAUUUGAUGUCACUUUCCUCCAAGUGCUCAUGUUUAGUAGUUUCAAUCCCACCACCAAACUUUCCACCAUCACUAAUUCUGAAUUAUGUCACAUUUUCAUUGCUAAUUAUAUACUGCCAAGAGUGAGAAAAAAGAAAUUGCCAAAUAAUCAUUGACCUACUGUACCUCUAAUUGUAACCAACAGCCAAUCACAUUUGAGAAUGCCGUGGAGAAGCAUUUUCAUUGGUCUCUUAUGACAGGUCAGAUGAUUGGUUAAAAACAAUGGUUUGAUAUGUAAAGAAGCAGUCUCAUUGGUCUGUCCAAGAAGCAGUGGAUUGGUUCAAAAAGGAGUGGCCAAAUACUGUGUAGAUAAGAUCAUUUUUAUUCCUUCUAGUGACAUGUACCAGUGUUGUGUGUGCUGUCACGACAUGAGUUCGCUUUUUAGUACAGCUGCGAUGUUAUGUGCAAGUCAGUGUAGUACAUGUAUGUCCAUGUGAUUUUGUUUUUCUAUAUUAGGUCACUGAAUGGACGUAACUGUAUUGUAUUUGAAGAUCAUUAUUUCCUGGCUGUCAUACUCUGUUGAAACAUGUUAAUGUUGUGAACCAUCCGUUUUAGAGUCUGAGGUAGUUAGCUGUAUGUCUGACGUACAAUGUAGGGUCUGAAGCUAUCUUCCAACAAGUACAUGUAUAAGUUUUAACACCGCUUUAUUUAAAUGGUAUCUUCCAGAUGUGAGUAUCCAAACCAGUAUUUUGACUGUACUAUUGGAGGAAUAGGGGAGAAUUGCAGUAGGCAAAGAGACAAGCUUACUCCUAUAUCUAUGUACAGAAGUGCCUGAUACAGUCGAGGUCAACUUGUAUGAGAGGCUGCUGUUCUAUUUUUAUGUGCAAGGGGGCGUUGUUGUACACGGAGGGUUGACGUCUCGCAGAGAAAUCUCCAUGGCAGACAUGUAUGUAAGAUUGUAACUUUGGUAAUGAAUGAAAACAUGGCUGUUUUAACCUUGUAGUGUGGUUAAAUCUUUUGUACAGAAACGUUGAUACGAAAUUUGCAACAGAGGUCUAUCUGUUUAAUGUAUUAAGUUUAAUACAAAAUCUGUUUUUCCUAAAUAAACGUGUGGUGUAUUUUCUUGUACCAUAAGAAUAAAGAGAUUCUGUGAUA